ACCCAAUCGGAUAUCAGGCUUGACCGUGAGGGAGGAGCCUCUUGAGUGCGCUCUGGGACAAGUUUGUACGCCCUGCGCCAUAGACAAAACAGCACCUAAGAGAAAGUUGUGCUUGUACUGGACGGAGUGAAUAUUCAACAUAUACAGAAUCUUCUGAGGAAAAAAAAAAGUGAUGGGGAAGGAUCCGAACAAGCCGCGGGGGAAGACCUCGUCCUACGCCUUCUUUGUGCAGACGUGCCGCGAGGAGCACAAGAAGAAGCACCCGGACACUGCGGUCAACUUCUCCGAGUUCUCCAAGAAGUGCGCCGAGAGAUGGAAGACCAUGUCCCCUAAGGAGAAAUCAAAGUUUGAGGAUCUGGCCAAGACCGACAAGGUACGAUACGAUCGCGAGAUGAAAAACUACGUGCCACCGAAAGGCACCGUCGUAAAAGGCAAGAGGCAGAAGGACCCGAACGCACCCAAGAGACCACCAUCCGCGUUUUUCGUCUUCUGCUCUGAUCACCGGCCAAAGGUGAAAAGCGAGUACCCCGGCAUCUCAAUCGGCGACAUCGCGAAGAAGCUGGGCGAGCAGUGGUCCAAACUGACAGCCAAGGAUAAAUCGCCGUAUGAGCAGAAGGCCGGGAAACUGAAGGAGAAAUAUGAGAAGGAUGUUGCCGCAUACCGCGCCAAGGGAGCAAAGCCGGACGGUGCGAAGAAAGGUGGACCAGGGCGGCCAGCAGCCAAGAAGGUCGAAGUCACGGACGAUGAGGACGACGAUGAAGAGGACGACGACGAGGAGGACGAAGACGACGAUGAUGAUGACGACGAGUAAAAUUUUCAGGAAUUUUGUGCCGAUUCGUUUGCAAUGUGAAAAAGCGUUUCCUUUUUUUUUUUUUUUUAAUAAAUUGACUUUUUUCUCCAAAACAUGUACAGAGAUGUGUAUAGAUGAAAUACAUAUUCAGGUCAUGUACUGUUUUGUAAAUUUAACAGCUGGUUUUGUUAAGCACUGCCUCUGGUCGUUUUGUUUUUUUUCCUUCGAGCUGUGGUUUCUCUCUUGUCUUGAUGAAAUUUGUCUCCACUGGCAUUGUAAGAAAAUGAGGAACACUGAUGUGUAGUUGAAUCCUCAAAACCAUUUUUUUUUAAGACGAGCUUUUGAAAUGUUGUGUAGACGUUUUUUUAUAAUAAAAUUUUGUAUAUUAUCAUCA